CGCCCGCCAACACUCCCCUCUAUCCCUGCUAGCCACCAUCGCAUCGUCAAAAACAUUCCUUGCAAUGUCGGUCCAGCUAUCAACUCCGGUUCGUUCGAUCACUUUGCGCUCAGGUAUACGCGCAAUCCGUGUCCCAGGCUCGUUAAUCCACGCCCACCGCCGGCCAUUCAGCGACACAAGAGCAAAUUCGCAAAAGCAUAAAAUAGCGAUAACGUCCAGCAGCGCAUCGAGCAAGAAAUGGGAGGAGCUUUCGAAGAGUCAAAAAUUUGCACGAACAGCCAGCACGGGGGCAAGCUUUGUGACAGUUGUCAUUGGGGCGGUCUUAACUGGAGCCAUCCUGGCGAUGCUCUACACCGAAGUUUUUGCACCCAAUUCUAUCCCCAACUGGUUCAACAACAUACACAACAGGAUCAAGGCAGAUUCACGCUGCACCAAGUUACUGGGGGAGAGGAUCAAGGCGUACGGGGAGCCCACAUCAAAUCGUUGGGCCAGGAACAGGCCAAUUGCUUCGAGCAUUCGCAAAGACAAGCAUGGCAUAGAACAUCUAAUCAUGCACUUUAACGUCGAGGGCACUGUUGACAAGGGAGUUGUCAAGGCUCACCUGACAAAGAGACCCGGGGAAUCAAAUUACGAGUACAAGUAUUUGUUCCUCCAAGUCCCUGGCAAAGCUCGGGUAUACCUGGAAAACGGAAGGGAUAGAGGCAGCGGUGAGGGUGGGAAAAAGAAAGGGCUCUUUGGUGUUCAAUGGGGGUGGUGAAUGAAGCAUCAUGAGGGGAGGACCAAGCGAGUGGACAUGUGUACGGUGCAGAGUAUAGUGGUGAAGAUAUUAGCGUACAACGUAAUGCUUAAUGGGGUUUUAAAAGACGAGUGGACUGUCAAUAUACUUGCAAUGUUCUGGAAAGAAA